AUGCUGGGCGACAUGAACACGCCUCUGGACCGUCCAAAUCCACCUUUCUUGACUGCUGGCGGUUCUCAAUCGUCGUUGUCUAGAGACCAGUCGCCUGUGCGAGACAGCAGCAGCGUCUCACUUAGCGUUAACUACCUACCUUCAAAGUUCUCUACCGCUUUGCUAUCGCCGGGUGGCAGAAGGCGCAAGGGUAAAGGCGAUGCCGCGCUCCCCAAGAUGGGCGGAGGGGUCGAGGCAUUUAGAAGCGGCGAGGCUCGCAUGCCGGGAGAGAACGACGAAGACUACGACGGUGUAACCAGCGGCUGGUUCGGCAAGGAGGGAGGGCGUACUCGUCCUAAGGGGCGAUGGAACAGAUUCAAAUGGCUGCUCUUCGUGGCCAACAUCUUCCUCUCUGCUUACUCGCUUAUUGGACUCAUCUUCUGUCUGCUCACUUGGUUCAACAUCUGGACCAACGCCGACGUCGUUCGUGUGGGGAACGUCCCCGAGCUCAUCACCUCCACCAUCGCUGCCUCGCUAGGCAUUGUCACCUCCUUGAUCGGGUGGGCCGGCAUUCUCCUUAACAACCGCAUGUUCUUGGCCGUCUACAGCUUCUUGCUGUGGAUCUGCUUCGCCUUCCUCGUCGUGCCAGGCUAUAUCACCUACAAGAAGCACACAUUCAACCUCGAAGGCAAAAUCAACGCACAGUGGAGUCGAAACCUCGGCUCGGAAGGUCGCAUGCGAAUCCAGACGCAGCUGGGUUGCUGUGGCUACUUCAGCCCGUUCGUCGAAGCUACGGUGACGGCGACAUGCUACGCACGCAGCAUCUUGCCUGGAUGCAAGCGGCCGUACAUCGAGUUCGAGCGGGUGGUGCUGCAGCGAUGGUACAUCGUGGCGUUCGCGCUGGUGCCGCUGCACCUGGCGGUGAUGAUCAUCGGGCUGCUGUGCUCGAACCACGUCACGUACCGGUUCGGGAAGGGGAUGAUGCCCAAGGCGUACCGUCUGAGCAUGAACAGCAUGGCUGUGAUCAUGGACAACUACGCCAACCAGCUAGCAGAGCAGUUCGGGUCUGAUGUCGCGUCUGAAGUACUCGCGCGUUCGCGAAGCAACCUGAAGCUGGACGCGAUGCCUACGAUGGGAUACAGCACGGCGCAAUCGUCUGCGUACAGCAGCAAAUACGAACCGAUCACUCAUAGAAACCACCACGAAGGCUCUUAA